AGAAGCUCGCGGUUUGCAACAGCGUUGCUUCGUCGAAAGGCCUUUCAGAACAUUCCACCAGCGUCAUACGACAUUAAUGUUAUCGCCCCCCGCCCGGAAAAUCCACAAGCACCAGUCCCUGAGUAGCACGACCCCUUCCCUGCAGGGAGUGCGCGACGCAUUUUCUAGUCGAGAAUAGUGGCUCUCCAUUUCUACUACUUUAUUUCUUUAUUUCUGUGCAACCAAUGCGUAGGCUGAUUCGCAAGAAAUGUCGUGCGUGGGUGUCCGCUUAAGGCACCGGGGAAGUAACCGUCUUUAGGCAGGUACUCUCAAGUCAGUUUCUUCGCGGCUCUACGGCACCGUGGUCUCAGAAUGUCCGAAACGUCGACACCAGCGCCAGCAACCGCACCUCCGGCCCCGGGCCCCGAAUCUACUACCCCGGCUCCGAGUCCGGGAGCGAAUUCUCCGGUACCGGGGCCGAGCCCUCCGGUUCCGGCACCCGGACCAGUCGCCACCCCCGUCCCUGCCGUGCCGGAGGAAGCAUGCGACACAAGCGUUCUGCUCGCCGCGAUAUUGAUUCCCGCCCUGCUGAUAGGCGCGUUGUUUUGUUAUUUCUUCUACAAACACUACGCGAUGAAGCAGAAAGCACGUCGUGAUGAAGAGAAUUGGGAGGAGGACUAUUGGGAGGAGGACGUGCCCGCGGUGCCGCCAGACAAGUGGGAACUGCACGGCCUGAACAAGGAUCCCACGGGCUACUACCAGAAGACCGGCGACGAAGUGCUGGACUCCAUCGGCGCGAAGCACGCCCGCCACGGCCGCCCGGUGCGGCCGGUGGUGCAGUCGUACUAUCGCGACGACGUGCCUUACCACACCACCCAGCCUCUCCGUCCAAGCGCCGCCGGGGCAGACUAUUACGAUUGGGAGAUGCAGCAGAAUCAGAAGGACAAGCAUUCCGGAAAGGGCGGUGGCAAGGGCAAGGACAACGCAAAGAAAGGCGGCGCACCCGAAUCCGAUGACGAAGCAGAAGAGGCACCGCAACAGACUUGGUGGCAGUGGCUUAUAGGGGAAAAGACCGAAGAGCAGGCUUUUAUGGAUACCUUGUAGUGUCAAAGGAAACGUGCGCGGAACUUCGGAAGAAAAAAGACGCGGUCCCGGCGCAUAUGCACAAAAGAGCACACGUCAGCACAAUUUUUUUACAGUAAAUAUGUUCGCUUGGACAAAAAUAUAAUUGCGG